AUGGGACGCAAGUUGAAAUCAUUUGGUUACGACUUCAACGAUAGCGGUGAACUACGUAGUAUAAAGGCAAGUCUGUUUUGCAAAAUAAACAAAAGUAGUUGACAAUAGAAAAAAAACUCGCAAAGAAGUUUCAAAAGUCGCCUGGAUUUUUCAGUAUCGGUUUUUUUCUAUUUAUUACUUUCAGAACAAUGAACCGUUUGUUUUCACAACCCAAGAACAGUACGAAGCUCUCGGAGAAGCUGUUACAGAAGAGAUUUACAGUUUGAUGGAAAGCAGAUACUCUUUGAAUCGUAUUACAGUAAGUUUUCUGUUGUUUUCUGUUUUUUUUUUUGCUUAAGACUUCGGAAUGUGUAUCAAACGGUUAUAUAAUGGUAGAUCCGGUCAACGCUUUGAUUUGAACGAAUGAAAAAAAUAUUAAUGGUUUUUUUCUGUUUAAAAAGAUACCUCAUUUGAUUAUUGCUUCGAAAACAGAUUUUUUCAGCUGAAGGAACCCGAGUGUGUUUCCAAGGAGAAGAAAGAAAAAUACAGUUUUUUUUUUACGUCUGAAAAUUAUCAAGAAGCGGAAACUUUGCUAGUUUUAGUUCAUGGAACAGGAGUUGUCCGCGCAGGUCAGUGGUCGAGAAGGUUCUUGGGUAUAAUCAAUUUCAAAAAAACUACUCUCAUUUUUAGGCUAAUUAUUAAUGAGAAUAUCAAUCGUGGCACUCAAUUUCCUUAUAUCGAAAGGGCAUUAGCGAACGGCUGGGGAGUAGUUGUGCUCAACACAAAUUUGACCGAGUCGAAGGGAAUCCGUUUGAAGGUACAAAACAACAAUCAAAAGUCUGAUCCAUGUGUCGGCUGGAUACCACCCCGGGGUGCAGCCAGUCCAGCCAGUGUAUGGUCUGAUCUCCUUUCGUUAGAGUCAUUUCCUACUUUGUUCGAGUUAUUUCCAGAACAGUUCUGAUCCAAUUGAACAUGCCUGCAAUGUGUGGAAAUGGUUCAUCAGUCCUUGUGCAGCCGAGAAAAUUUUCGUGGUCGCUCAUAGCCGCGGCGGCCCUGAUAUUUACCACACUGUAUAUCACUUACACCUAUAUUUUUUCAUUCGAAAUAUAUACAGAUGGCGAAGUUAGAAUUGCAAGACGAGAAAGUGAGAGCUGUAUGCCUCACCGAUUCUUUCGGCAUCGAUAAGUUUCCAACACAGGACGCCAAUAAAAAAUCACGAAAAAAUCCGCUACUUGUCGUUAAUUUUCAAGCACACGGGGUAAGUAGGCUAACGUUUUAACAUGAAAAAAGUGAGAAUGAAUAUCUUGUAUUUUUUGAAGAUUGCUCAAAUUGUGUUGUGUUUAAAAAUCAAAGUUUCCGAUGUUACCACAACUCUUGGUGUGUGAAAAUGAAAACCAUUCAAGUUUCAGAAAACACCAAUCGGAAAAUUUUCAAUUUAACUUGUAAGAAAGCGAUCAAAUUGUAAAAAUAAUUAGUUUGUUUCCUGAUUUUUUCAUAUUUUCCUUUUAGUCUUACGAUGAUCGAAUCUAUGCUGUCACAGGACAGAAAGGCAUCAAGAAUGUUCAAAAUUUGUAUGCAGGUUAGUCCGAAAAUACAUUUCUUUCUGUAAUGAAUUUUAGGCACUCAAAUUCAUGAGGAGUCCAGCGCUUGUGCGAUUGAAGCCAUUUUUCAUAUAUUUGAGAACGAAGUUUGUUUCUCCAAUUAUCGGUCUGUAAAUUUAACAUACUUGCAGAUAACCCGGGAUAGUUUCGAAGAAGUUCUCCAUCAAGCGAAGAAGAUAGUUCGUCAAACGAAUAUCUAA